AUGGUGUUGAUGGACGAGUUCAAGACAAUGGUUCUGGUGACACAAGAAUCCUUCUUGGCGCUGAGGGUGAUCGACAUUCCGUCAUCCUCCACUGGCCUGUACUUUGCGUCGUCGCGGACCAAAAUCGGCUUUAAGGGCCUGCACGAGGCGGAUGAUGCUGCUACCAUGAGGAUGACUGCGUACGACUCCAACGAGUACCGUGGCGAGGCCCUAUUAGAGACGCCAUGGUCCGACAAUGAUGGCCUCAAUGCCCUGCCAUUAUCCUCGUUAUCAUGGGAGUAUUCCCAUCCCGGAGGCGAGGUUAGCGAGUUUGACAUCAACGACGAGCGCAAAGCUGGCUUCUCCAAGUUUGUGACUGAUGUGCUCAACAGCGAUGGAUUCUCUGGAGCUUUGCUGUUCCGUCUGGAGCUGACGACCGCACCUGACCACAGCUAUCUACUUGAGCUCGGAAACGGAGACUCGUUCUUCUCGCUCGAGUUUUGGCCGGUCUGCGGGGAGUACCCAUCGGUGCCUUCGGGCACGCUCUCGACGUCAGGGGUCACGAGCUCGACAUCGCACAUAGUUGGCGACUCUAUCACGAUCACGUGCUCGGGCGGCUUGAUGCUCUACGGUGGCUCGACUGCGAAUACUGUGCUGUGUGAGGCAGGCGGAUGGGCAGCUUUGCCGCCGGCGGUCAAGUGUGCUCCCCCGCCACCACCUCCGCCGCCGCCUUCGCCGCCGCCAUCUCCGCCGCCGCCAUCUCCGCCGCCGCCGUCGCCGCCGCCAUCUCCGCCGCCGCCAUCUCCGCCGCCGCCUUCGCCGCCGCCGUCGCCGCCGCCUUCGCCGCCGCCUUCACCUCCGCCGCCAUCGCCGCCGCCGCCUUCACCUCCGCCGCCAUCGCCGCCGCCGCCUUCACCUCCGCCGCCACCGUCACCUCCGCCGCCAUCGCCGCCGCCGCCGUCGCCGCCGCCGUCGCCGCCACCGCCACCAUCGCCACCUCCGCCAUACGCGUGUGAGCUGAUACAGCCUCCGCCUAACGGCACCAUAUCGUUUUCUGACUAUGGAUACGCCGGCUCUGUGGCGGUGACAACCUGCAUCGACGGCACGGAUUUUGUGGCCGGUGAUGCGGUGCGAACGUGCACCGGGUUAACCUGGACUGGAUUGCCGGCCGUGUGCGUCAGGGUGGCGUGCCCGGGCCUUGCGCCGCCGGCGUUUGGCUCUGUCAGCUGCACCAACGGAUCGAGUACAGCCACGCCGGGCAUCUUUGGCGAGAUCUGCACCUUCGAGUGCUUGAACGGGCUGACCAAGGUCGGAGCCGACGCACUCGAGUGUCUUGGAAGUUCAAUGUGGUCGGCACCGGCCCCAUUCUGCUCGGCGGUCAAUGUCUCGCAGUCAACGGGUGCGCCUAUUGGCAUGCCGCUCAAGAUCACGGCCGGUGACACGUGGGAGCUGCGUGUCUCGCUCCGUGACUCGGAGGGCAACGCUGCCGGAAGCGGCAACGAUCUGCCGCUGGCAGUUGUGCGGGGUGGUGAUGGGGCCAACGCGGUGGCAGAGACGACGUACAUCUCGACCGGCGAGUACAGCGCGAGAGUGGCGGUGCCGACUACGGUGGGCAGCUACAUGUACGACAUCGGGGCCAAUGGUGAGCUCUUUACCCGCGGAGUCACGAAUGUUGCGGUCGAGGUGGUGCCCGGCGCGCCGGACGGGCGAUCGAGCACGCUCGUUGAUCUGCCGACCUCGGGCGUGCUUCAGAUCGAGACGUCUGCAACGACCGAGUACAAUGUGGUGGUGACCGACGAGUUUGGCAAUGUGCUGACGCAAGCGCUGGCCGCGUCCGAGGUGAGCAUCGCGCUUCAACGCGGAGCUGACACCUUUGCUGUGACGGGCGUAGAACUGGGGCCGGGCUCGAUCAAGUUUGGCAUUGUGGUGGUCGAGGGCGGCUCGUACACGCUUGCGGUCAAGAUCGGUGGCGAGGACAUUGUGGGCUCGCCGUUUGUGGUUUCAGCGUCUGCCACUUGUGUGCCUGGCACGCGGGUCAUCGAUGGCGUCCGCUGCACGAGCUGCUCUGCGGGCACGUUCUCGGAGACCGUGAACGCGGUGGCGUGCAGCAUCUGCCCCGAGUUUACCACCUCGCCCGAGCAGUCGUCAUCGUUCCUCAACUGCACCUGCCUGCCGACGUUUUGGUUUGGGACUGGCGAGCGUGUGCGCGGCAAGCGAUGUGAGCUGUGUCCGGUGGGCGCGAUCUGUGCCGGCGGGACGACGCCGCCGCGAGCUGCGCCUGGACAUGAGCCCUCGGACGAUGGGCAAGCGUUUGUGACGUGUCCACAGCCUGCAGCGUGUAUGGGCGAUGGCAAGUGCGCUGCCGGAUACCGCGGGCGGCUGUGCGCGCAGUGCUCGUCGGGCUACUACCGACUCGGUGAUGUGUGCCGCGAGUGCAAGGGCUCGAACGUGGCGAUCAUUGUCGUGCUUGUUGUGCUUGUCUUUGCCUACGUCACCGGAGUGGUGUGGAUCAACACGCGGAACACCAAGGUGUACGGGUACGCUGCGUUUGUCAUUGCGCUCAACACGCUCCAGGCGGUGGCGAUCUACGGGACGAUCCAGCUCGACUGGCAUCCUGUGGCGGAAGCGAUCUUUGACGCGGUCUCGAUGGUCAACCUCAACCUCGAUCUUGCGUCGCCCGAGUGCGGGCUGGACGUGGGCGAUGUGUGGAUGUUCAAGUGGGGCAUGACGAUGGCGCUGCCGGUUCUGUUCCUCCUUCCGUUUGUGGUUGUGACUGCCAUCCUCUGCGUGGUUUUCAAUUUCCGCGAGUCCAAGAGUGCCAUGUUUGCUGCCAACGGGCGAGUGGUUGGAGCCGCCGGACGUGGGUAUCUGCAGACAAUCCUGCUGUUGUACCUGCCUCUGAUGUACGCGGCGCUGCGGUACUUUGACUGCACCGAUGUCGGCGGUGGGAUCGUGGUGAUGACGACCAACCCUCAGCGGCGGUGCUACACAAGCGCGUGGUACGGGCUGCUCCCGUUGAUUGUGACUGUGGCGGCUGUGUACGGGCUCUCGAUUCCUGCGGGGCUGGCGGUCUUCCUCCGGCGCCAGGCUGCAGCGCUGGAUGAGGUGACGUUCAGCAGCCGGUACGCGUUCCUUGUGGCCAAGUACAAGGCGGAGCUGUAUUGGUAUGAGCUGGCGAUCAUGGGGCGGAAGCUCGUGGUGGUGGUGGCGGUCUGCGCUUUUGCAUCGCCGGUGGUCAAGGCCAGCGUGGUAGCGCUUGUGCUGUUUGUGGUUGCCAUGGCCGGGAUGGUCGGCAACCACAAACCAUACACUGCCGAGUACCACAACCAGCUGGAGACGUUCACCUUGGCGUGCAGCAUUGCGGUGCUCUGGUUCGGAACCAUCGAUUCUGUUCCGCUUCUUCGCGACAUGAUUGUCGUUGCUGCGCUUUUGGUGCUUGUGGUUGGCCUUGCUGUGGCCGUAGGGUACGAGGUGUCGCAGAUCCGUGCCCACGAUAAGGCGGAGGUUGAGGCCGUAUUUGCAGAGCAUGGUGUGCGCGAGUUUGAGGUCUGCGACAACGUCUCGGACUUUGAAAUGCGGACGUUUUCCACGAAUGCUCAGCUUGGCAUGGGUCAGGAGGAAGGCGAGGAGGUCAUGCCCUCGACGCUCGCCAUUGUUGACGACGAGCCGCUGUCGUUAAUGACCUCGGUGUCGAGCGUGUAGUCGUGCGUAAGUUGGACAAUUUUGCUUUUUUUUUUUUUUUUGGACAACCGGGUAAGGUCGGGUCAUCGGUCCCGUACCCAACGUCCAAAAUUCAAAAC